AUGGUCCUCCGCCUCCGCCUUGCCCGCGUCAGCACCCCCAAUGGCGCAAAACGGCACAAACCCUUCUACAACAUCGUGCUGGCAAAAGACAAAACCGCACGCGACAGCAAACCCAUGGAAGUCCUAGGAACAUACGACCCCAUCCCCAAACUCCCCGUAGGCGCUGAACCGGGCGAGAAAGCACAAAAAGAUAUAAAAAUCGAUGUGUCCAGAGCGAAGUAUUGGUUGGGGGUGGGUGCGCAGCCGUCGGAUGUUGUUUGGAGGUUGUUGAGUAUGGUGAGUGAGCCAGCGAGAAAAACCUGGGUUGGGAGGGAGAAGGGUGUGAUUGAUACUGAUAUGGAGUAG